AUGCCUGGUAUGUUCCACCCUUACUUUGGAAGCUUCAGCAAUGCCUGGUAUGUUCCGGUUCCACCUUCCACCCUUCCUCUCGAGUUCGGGGUUCUGGGUUGUUUCAAACAAAAGCAACAACAAGGGCACCAACAGGGACAGCAACACGGGCAGCAACAGGGGCAACAGCAGCACGGGCAGCAACAGGGACAGCAACAGGGACAGCAACAGGGACAGCAACAGGGACAGCAACACGGGCAGCAACAGGGGCAAGUAUACACCAUAAUGGCGCGCACUGGUUCAUUCAUACGAAAGGCGGGCGCACAGGCAGAGAUCGUGCUGCGAGUGAAGCACAAGGGCAACCCCCCCUUCGCCUUCCUCUCAUCCAACCCCUCACACCCUCUUCCUUUCCCCCCGUUCUCCAGCCCCCAACAGAAAAGACCCCCGUUCCUCCCCUCCACCCCCUUUUCUCAUUACUCCCAUUCCCCUUUUCCUCCCCCACCCAUCUCCUGGGAAGGGGGGAAGGGAAAGGGGAAGGGGCAGGGGGAAGGGAAGGGAGAGGAGGGAGAGGGUGGGGCGAAGGGAGGGAAGGAAGGGGUGGGUGUGGGUGAGGGGCAGGGGAGAGUAGGAGGUGAGAGGGGCGGGAGGGUGAGUGUGGAGAGGGGGAGCGCUGUCUCGCUGCUUGGUGCUGCUUAUGGGGAGGAUGAGGAGGAUGGGGAGAAGGAGGAGGGUAAGGAGGAAGGGAAGGAAGAGCAGGAGAGGGAGGAGGGAGUUGAGGGGAGGAAGGGGAAAGAGGAGGAAGAGGGGGAGGAUGAAGGGAGAGAAGGAGCCAGCAGAGAGGGGAGCGAAAGGCAACAGGGGGAACCAGCGGAGGAAGAUGGAGCAUCUGAGGAAAGGGUUACCGGGGAAAGAGUUAUCGAGGGAGUGGAGGGAAGUAGGUGGUUCACCGAGUCAGAACCUGCUGAAGCAGCGGAGGAGAUGGCGGAGGAGGGACGUGGGGAAGGUGGGUCUGAGAUCCCUGCACAGGAUAGUGCCUUCCCAGAACAACAGCCUCUCUCAGAACAGCCUCCCCCAGUUGAGCCUCCAGUGGUUUCAGAUGAGCCCCCCCCUCCUGGGAUGGAGACAGGAGAAGAAGCAGGGAGGGCGGAUCAAGGAGGAGGGGAGGGAGAGGCAGGAGAGGAAGGAGAGGAAGGUGAUGAAGGGGCGGAGGGAGGAGCGAAAGAAGCAGGCGGAGAAGGAGGAGCAGCAGGAGGAGCGGGAGGAGCAGGUGGAGAAGGAGGAGGACGAGUAGCACCAGGGGCGUUUUUGAGGCGCCUCAAAAACGACCUCAAUGCACGCAUGGUGGAGUUCAUAGUGCGCAACGGGCAUGAGUUUGAGAGCAUUGUGCGGCAGCGGGACGCUGGGGAGGGGCGCUUUCCCUUCCUGCUGCCGGGAGACCGCUUCCACGCCUACUACCAGCGCACACUGAAAGAAGCUCUAGAGGGUUUAGGUGCCAGAGUGGGAGCGAAGGCUGUUGGGAAGAUGGGUGGGGCUCUGAGUGCGCAAACGGGCACGAGUCUGAAAGCAUUGUGCAGCAGAGGGAUGCUGGGGAGGGGCGCUUCCCUUUCUUGCUGCCUGGGGACCGCUUUCGACGCCUACUACCAGCGCACACUGAAGGAAGCUCUAGAGCGCGCAAACGGGCACGAGUUUGAGAGCAUUGUGCGGCAGAGGGGCGCUGGAGAGGGGCGCUGGAGAGGGGCGCUGGAGAGGGGCGCUGGAGAGGGGCGCUGGAGAGGGGCGCUCCCCGUUUCUCUUGCCGGGAGACCCGUUUUUUCGCACCCACUACCAGCGAACACUCAAGGAGGCUCUGGAGGUGAGAUUGGGAGAGGGGUGAGUGCAUGCAGGGUUGGGCUGGCCUAUUCUAAUGUUAGCAGCGGGAUGCGGGGGAGGGGCGCUACCCGUUCUUAUUGCCUAGAGUCUAGUUGCUGGAGUGAUGCGGGGUGUGGUGGGGAAGGUGGAGGGGUGUGGCGGGGAAGGUGGAGGGGUGUGGCGGGGAAGGUGGAGGGGUGUGGCGGGAAGGUGGAGGGGUGUGGCGGGGAAGGUGGAGGGGUGUGGCGGGGAAGGUGGAGUGGAGUGGUGGGGAAGGUGGAGGGGAGUGGUGGGGAAGGUGGAGGGGUGUGGCGGGGAAGGUGGAGGGGUGUGGUGGGGAAGGUGGAGGGGUGUGGCGGGGAAGGUGGAGCGGAGGCGUACAUUGUGUGCAACAGCCCCUCGGAGUUGCGGCGCGCCAAUGCCCCUCUGGUGUUGAUGCCACAGCCACCCCCUCGCCCUCGCCCCCCCACUGCGGUCCUACCAGGCGAACUGCCCGUGCCUGCAUGCCUCUCUCUCACUCUCCCCUCCUUCUCCACUUUCCCCCCAUUCCUGCCCCUCACUCCUCCACCACAGCGCGCCAAUGCCCCUCUUGUGUUGAUGCCUCAGCCAUCCCCUCAAGCUCGGGCCCCCACUGCCAUGCUGCCAGGAAAACUGCAUGUCCUUCUCCUCUUCCUGCCACAAUCUCAUUCUUUUGCUCCCCCUGUCCUCUUCCUUGUCUCCUUUCCUAUCCGCCUCUUAUCCUGUCCCCACAUUCCCUUCCCCCCCACAGCGCGCCAAUGCCCCUCUGGUGCUGAUGCAUCAGCCGCCCCCCCGCCCUCGGCCCCCACUGCCGUGCUGCCCGGCAAACUGCCCGUGCCUGCAUGUCUCUCUCUCAUUCCGCCUCCUGCCCCUUGUUUUCCCCCUUCCACCACCCCCAUCCUCCCCCCCACAGCGCGCCAAUGCUCCUCUUGUGUUGAUGCAUCAGCCGCCCCCCCGCCCUCGCCCCCCCACUGCCGUACUGCCAGGCAAACUGCCCGUGCCUGCUUGUCUCAGUCUCAUUGCUUCCGUUCUUCCCCUCUAUCCCCAAUCCUCUCCCCCUUCUCCUUUUCUGUCCUCCCCCCCCACAGCGCGCCAAUGCUCCUCUGGGGUGGUGAGGCGGAGGGAGGGGAGGAGGAGCGUGAGAGGGAGAGGGGGGAGGAGGAGAAGGGGGAGGGAGCUGAGGGUGGAAAGGGUGGGGAGGGGAGUGAGAGUGAGGGAGAGGAGGGGACCAAGGGUGGGGAGGGGAGUGGGAGCGAGGGAGAGGAAGGGGAGAUACGAGGGCAGGCGGGAGGGAAAGGGGCAAGAAAAGGGGCGUGCAAGAGUCGGAUGAGGAGGGGGAGAUGCCGCAGCAGUGGCAGCAGCAGUGCGUGCAGCGACGAGCAGAUUCCUUCCCUCCUCUCACACGCUUCUUCUGCCCUUCCAGCUGCUGCAGCAACAACCGGUGCUGCUGCCACUUCCACUGCUCCCUCUGUUUCACCCGCUGCUGCACCCGCCAAGGCUGCUGCUUUGGUGUUUGGAGAGGAAGAGACUGAGGGUGGGGCGGGGGGACCGGGAAAGGUGCUGCUGGUGGGUGCUAGUGCUGGUGCUCGUGCUGCUGCUGGUUCAGGUGCUGGUAACACAGGUGGUAACCGCAUGAGCGCUGCAGCAGUGUUGGAGAUUCUGAGGGGAAGGAGGCCCGGGAGUGGACCAGGCAG